GCGCUCUUAGUUCAGUUCGGUAGAACGUGGGUCUCCAAAACCCGAUGUCGUAGGUUCAAUUCCUACAGAGCGUG